CGUAAGGGCAGCCUGGAAAGCUGAGCGCGGUUCAGUCUGCAGUAUCUGGACCGGACCGAGGCGGGCAGGAAGCACAUUUGCAAGGCGGGGGCGAUGGAGGACAAAGAGAAAAAGAAGAAGGAUAAAAACUCCUCCAACAGCGACAGAGUCACUCUAAAAAAAGAAAUUGGACUUUUGAGCGCUUGCGCUAUUAUCAUCGGGAACAUCAUCGGCUCUGGGAUCUUCAUUUCACCCAAAGGAGUGUUGGAACAUGCGGGCUCAGUGGGGCUGUCACUCAUCGUCUGGGUUUGUGGAGGAGGGAUCUGUGCCCUUGGGUCCAUGUGCUACGCUGAACUGGGUGUCACCAUCCCAAAGUCUGGAGGAGACUAUUCAUACGUGACAGAGAUCUUUGGAGGGCUAGUUGGCUUCCUGUUGCUAUGGAGCGCCGUCCUCAUCAUGUACCCGACCACGCUGGCCGUCAUCGCGCUCACCUUCUCCAAUUACGUCUUGCAGCCGGCCUUCCAGAACUGCCUGCCUCCAUACAUUGCCACCAGACUCCUUGCCACCAUUUGCGUAUUGUUCCUGACCUGGGUGAACUGCUCCAGUGUGCGCUGGGCGACAAGGAUCCAGGAUGUUUUCACUGUUGGAAAGCUCCUCGCUCUGGUACUCAUCAUAGUGGUCGGAGUCGUCCAAAUCUGUAGAGGUCACUAUGAUGCCCUGCGGCCCAGCGAGGCCUUUGAAUUCAGCCAGGACCCCUCAGUGGGACAGAUAGCAUUGGCCUUUCUUCAGGCCUCCUUUGCCUACAGUGGCUGGAAUUUCCUCAACUACGUCACAGAGGAGGUCGUGGAGCCACGCAAGAACCUUCCCCGUGCCAUUUACAUUUCCAUCCCACUGGUGACGCUUGUCUACACUAUGACCAACAUAGCCUAUUUCUCCUCCAUGACCCCUGAGGAGCUGCUGGCCUCCAACGCUGUGGCAGUGACAUUCGGGGAAAAGCUGCUGGGGAUGUUUUCCUGGGUGAUGCCGAUCUCUGUAGCGCUGUCAACCUUUGGAGGAAUCAACGGAUACCUGUUCACCUCCUCCAGAUUGUGUUUCUCGGGAGCCAGAGAGGGUCACCUGCCGUAUCUCCUGGCUAUGAUCCACCUGAAAAACUGCACUCCCAUCCCUGCCCUGCUGGUCUGCUGCUUUGCCACCAUCGUCAUCCUGUGUCUUGGAGAGACACACAACCUGAUCAACUACGUGUCCUUUAUCAACUAUCUGUCCUACGGGGUAACCAUCGCUGGUCUCCUCUACCUCCGCAAGAAGAGACCCAACCUAGCCAGACCCAUCAAGGUGAACAUGUUGAUCCCCAUCAGCUACUUGAUAUUUUGGGCUGUGCUGCUGGGCUUCAGCCUGUACUCUGAACCCGUGAUCUGUGGCCUGGGUAUGGUCAUCAUGCUGACUGGGGUCCCCGUAUACUUUGUGGGCGUUUGGUGGAAGGACAAACCCAAAUGGGUUUACAGGGUAGUAGAAAGAGUCACAUACAUGGGCCAGAAGCUGUGUUAUGUGGUGUUUCCUCAGGAAGACUCUGCAGAGACUGAACCCCUCACUGCCUCCAAAGCCACUGACUGAGCAGUGCAGUCAACCAGGAACUCCCCUCAUCAACACAUCAACACAUCUACACCUGCACUUCCAGUUUUUGCGACACGUUGUUUGGUCAGUUUGUGAAUGGUGAAGAGGUGCUUCCGGUCAUGGUCUUGCACAGGUCCAGCCUGAGUGCGGCUGCGAUGAAGCGCCAGUACAAACAGAGCUGGUUAUUCUUAGGGCAUUAGCAUGUUGAGCCCUAAAGCUGCCUAACGUGUUGAUUAUUUGUUGGUUUGGUAGUACUGCCCGCCCCCCCCCAGUCUUCUCCCUUCUGCUUACCUAACGAACCUCCAUCUGUCAUCUGUCCUCUGCACCACUUCCAACAUAUUCUUCUUUUCUGACUUUAAUUAAAUCCUUCAGCUAAUGUGCCUUAUAAAAUGUACAUGUUGGUAUAGUGUAUUGGUUUGUGCGGGUAUUUCGAUGUGUAAUAACUUUUAUGAGGUAAAUAUGCAAGCAGUUUCUGCACUUAGCAAUACUUCUCUAUUACUGCUGCUACCUUCAGCUGUGUUUCACUAAUUACUCACAUGUUUACUGUUUUUCAACUUUUUUCAGAGUAUUUUUUGUCUCUGUCUCUGUCUGGCUACAGUAUCUGGCCUUUGUUUCGGCUUUACCCCCUCUGUUCUCUCUCUGUUAUUAUGUCACGUCUCUCUCCUGAGAGAUGCUGCAGGUGCCUUCACAUUAUUAUUAUCUACACAACACUCUUUCCCAGCAAUAUUUACAGCCCAGAAGAGACAGGAGGAUGAUGGGAAGUGUGUGGCUCUCGGCUGGAUGAAUGGCUGACUCUCUGAAGUGAAAAAGCUGCAUCAUCACAACACUCGCUCACAGGCUGUUCUCCAGGUUUCUAAUGUUCACCUGUCUCCUCCUCCAGCCUCUGUUGAGCUCGUUGCUUUGGAGAUGUUCUCGUCUCCGGGAAUGCCACUGUGAACUCUUUCAAGGUGCUUGACCUGCCAAGACAGUUAUUAGAUUUCAGAUUUCUCACUUGACGUUAUGAUACAGUACUUACCAUUAAUGUGUCGUUGGGUAACAUUAGCAGACUCAAUAUUGACAGAUAGAUAGAUGGAUGGCUGGCGGCGGAUGUUUACCUGUGCAUGGGCCCUCUCCCACUUCCCUAAAGACACCACUGCAUUUACCCUCAGCCCACUGACUUACUAUGAUGCUAUUGGCACGAUAAUGAUUCAACAAUUGAAUUGACCUACUGUUGUCGAUUUCAGGGGUCCUUUUGACUCAAGAUAUUGACGUAUGACUCAUGACUUUUGGUGAAUUGUUGCAAUUAAGUUGCCCCCAAAAUCUUAUGGUCAAACCUCCAAAAUUAUCAAUGUCCUUUAAGUUGUGGAAACCACUACCUUUGCACAGUAUGCUCAUCUACUGUGAUGCACGAGAUAUUUGUGUUCCGUGCAUUUAGGUAAUCCCUUUGCACUUUUUUUUGAAGAGGUUUAUGUUGUACAUAUAACAGAACAUAUAACAUAGAAGGUCUAAGCCUGUGGCCUUUUUAACAUGAUGAAACCAGCAGGUUGGAACAUGGAUUGAACGUUCAGUCCUUUUCCAGGCCAGCAGAUGCUGGGGAUUUCCCCCCUGCAUCAAACCCACAAAGAGAGACAUCUGUCUGCCACGUCCAGGCGCUGUUAGCUCACUUGAGAUCUGUAAAUACUAUGUAAAGAAAAAAAAAACUGUCCAAAAUGCGCGAGAGACUCCUACAAAGAUCACAUUCCUCAGACACGUUGUGAUACAUUUGCAUACUGUACAAUUGAUGGGUGUACCUGUGUUUUGUAAAAGAGUGUUAAGUUGUACAAGAAUAACAAUGUAAUUGCUUAUUAAAUA